AUGAGCCGAUACCCGAUCGAAUCUCUCCAGCAGCACACCGAGUUCAAGUACCCAGCCAACGUCAUUAGGAUAGCUCGACAGCAUACCUCGUUACCGCCCACCCUGGCUCCUCAAAUGCGUUCCAUGGCGAUGCGACUGAAACGCGGUGCUCCGAUAUCGUCGCGCGUCCAGUCGACUCUCGAUGCAUCGGUUCGUGCGCCAAAGUUACGACGAGUUGCCAGCGGUGGUGCACGCACUCGCGAAAUUCAGGCUGUCCAACCAGAGCCUAUGACUCAACAGCCCACUCAGCAAGUGCCCAGUAUGCAGCAGCAAGUUCAGAAUGAUCAACCACCGUCGACAUCUCAACUUGUGGCGGCUGCUGCAGCCGCUGUAGCCAGCGCCAAUGGCACUGAUUUUGCCGCCGCUCCUCCGACGCAGUGUGCUCAUUGUGGAUCCCGUGGACCAUGUCCUGCUUGUGUGCCAUGUUAUUGCGCAUACUGCCCGCACUCAACGGCUGCAGCAGGAGCUGCUCCGGUAGCGUUGAACCCUCAACCAGCUCCGAUUCAACCUGCUCAACCAAUGGCUGUACCUGGAAACCCACAAUUCCCACACAUCACGCCACCUACGCAGCUCUCGCAAAUGGCAUCAGCGGGUCUUCGCUAUGUGCAUGAUGCGAUAUUUGCUAGUCACAUGUUGGAGUCUAUGCAGCGUCACCAACAGCAACAACAACGACAACAAGAGCAGCUGAGCCAAUUUGGACGCCUUUUGCCAAGUUCCACUGGACUCUACGUACUACCGCGAACCGGAGGCUAUCCGGCGGCGUCGGUACGUCUGCCUAAUGGACGUCUGGAACUGCAUAUGUUAGUGAACACUGCAAUGCCUCCGGAACUCCUCGGUAUGGUCGAGCGUCCGCUAGAUCGACAUCAUAUGUUCGCUGCACCGGUCGCCGAGCCCUUGCCAGUUGGUGCUAGUCCGCAAGAUAUUGAAAAGUGCACUGAGAAGAUGAACUUCAUAAAGGAUGUUGAGGUACCGGAAAACGAAAUAGAGCGUUGCACGGUGUGCCUAUGCGAAUUUGAGACGGGUGAAGAAGUGCGGAAUCUACGUUGCACGCACAUAUUCCACGUGAACUGCAUAGACAAAUGGCUGGUGUAUAACAAAAAAUGCCCGGUGUGCCGUUUAGACGUCGACAAACAAAAGGCGGUGCUGGUUGAAUAG